AUGUGCAUCCUAGACUGGCAAGCCUCAGUAGUACGCUCCCCAGUGUACGACCUAGCCUACUUCCUGUACUCUACUUGCUCCACAAUCUUAGACAGAGUCGACGAGCUCUUGCGCGAGUACCACGACAGCUUCUCGGACUUCAUCCGACAGCUCGGAAGCAGUCCCGAGCUGUUCACGUUCGAAGAUCUUCAAAGACAUUGGAAGAAGUACUCUGUCGUUGGAGUUACGUUCUUGCCGUUUCUGCUUAAGCUAAUUUUGAUCGAUGAAAACGACGCUCCUGAUUUUGGCAAUUUGAAGGAAGGGGAAGAUGUGGGCGAAUUGAUGAAUGUCGUACCUAUGAGUGAUAAGAAGCAGUAUUUUGAAAGAGCUAAAGCCGCAUUUGCUCAUCAUGCCGAAACAUGUAUGGACUGA